AUGGCCCAUUCCAUUAAAAAUAAUCUCGUAAUUUUUGCGCUUCUAAUAGUAUGUAUUCCUUUGAUAAUUGCUGAUAUAAAUAUCAUCACUCCUAGUGGAAAAAUAUAUACUGGAAGUUUAAUAACAAUCAGUUGGCAGAUUUAUGGUCAACCACCAACAAACCCUGGUUUGUUAAAAAUAGAAAGUAGAUCCACGGGUCAAAGUACAUUAAUCGAUGAUAAUUUAAAUCUUCAAGCUUUAAGUAAAAUAUGGAAUGUUUCAGUACCAGAAGAUAAUUAUUUUUUGUCUAUAAAUUAUGAUUCAAGCGAAAACAUUUCCGGUGAUUUUACUAUUUUGCAAAACACAUCAACUGCUAGUGGAAUAAAUUUCACAGUUAUUAUUAUAGUCAUUAUUGUCGGAUGUAUUGUGAUUUUUAUUCCAAUAUUUGGUGGAAUUUUGUUUCUUAAAAAGUGGCGUAAAAAAGAAAGCGAAGAAAUCCCUGGAAUUGAUAAUAUAAAUAUUAAUAAUAAAUCAAUUCCUUCAACCCAUAUCUAUAACGAAAAAUACAGUGUUGUUGUUUUCACAUGA